AUGUCUGGGUUGCUACUCGACGCUGCCACCAUAGAGCAGCAUAAGAUGUCCAACGGCUUUGGCUCCAGUGCUACGCUCGUACCCCAAGUCGGCGAGUCUAGCCGUGAAUCCUCUCCGCCUCGUGUUGCCCGCCAGCAGUCUGCGGAGUUUUACUUUGCGGAUGGCAACGUGGUCUUUUUGGUCGAGCGCACCCUAUACCGCAUUCACAGAUCCGUGCUCAGCAGAAACUCUCCAUUCUUUCGCAACCUAUUCUCCAUCUCCGCCCCUCUCGACAACAAAGAGGUAGAAGGUAGCUCCGACGACAAUCCUCUCCAUCUUCCGCACAUCCAAGUCGAUCAAUUUGAUGCGUUUCUGUCAACUGUCUACCCAAGCUGGCGUCCGCUCAAUCAGUCAACCGAGGCUAUCAUCAACAUCCUGUGCUUGGCCACGAAAUGGGAGUUUGCCACGACACGCUCCUAUGCCAUUGAGCUCCUGACCUCUCGCCCUCUUUCCCCCGUUCUCCGCAUCGAGCUCGCCCGGGUGUACGAUGUCCCGACCUGGCUACUGUCGUCUUACGUCGAGCUCGCUCGAAUACGCACACCUCUCAAUGAAUCAGACGCAGACCGACUCGGCUUACCGACCGUCCUUCGGCUGGGACGGGCACGAGAGGCGAUUCUGCGGCAGCGGUUCACACGUGCGCUCGAAGCGCCAAAGAGUGACUUUUUUGAUGUUCCAGCGGCUCGUCACAUGAAUUGCUGGAGGACGCUCGCAAGAUCGCUCUUCCUGGCCCUAAAGAAUGGUGAGCGUGCAGGUGGAUCUGACGAAGAUCUCGUCGAGGAGGUCCUGGCUGCAUCUCGAAGGCUCUCCGAAGACGAAACGCUGUGCCAUUCGUGUAGCGACUUGCACAUGUUCCGUGCACGCUGUACCCGCUGGUUGGACAUUGACAGCGACGCCGCGAUUGUGGCCAGCGUUUUCAACCUCUAA